AUGCGCGGUGCGGGGCGCGCAAGAUGGCGGCGGCGGCGGCGCUGUGCCGGGCCUUCGGGGCGCUCGCGGUGUCGGUACCUCGCGCGGCCGUCGCCCGGGCCAUCGUGCCGCCGCCGCCGCCGUUUCCUCCCGGUGGUGCUCUGGCGGCCGCCCGGCGCGGGCUGUGCGGCUCCACGCCGCUCUGCACCACGGACCCCAUGUGGAAGUGCCGCGUCAAGUACACGGUGCGGCCCGUGGGCAUGAAGAAGACGGGCGGCCGCGAUCACACAGGGCGCAUCCGAGUGCGGGGCAUCGGCGGGGGACACAAACGGCGGUACCGCAUGAUCGACUUCCAGCGGCUGCGGUACGACGAGGGCACUGAGAAGGUCAUCGCCGUCCGAUACGACCCUUGCAGGUCAGCUGACAUUGCCCUGGUAGCUGGUGGCAAUCGGAAGCGCUGGAUCAUCGCCACAGAGAACAUGCAGCCCGGGGACCUGAUCAAGAACUCCUCACACAUUGGAAGGAUGGCAGUGUUGGCCAAGGAAGGGGACGCCUACCCGCUGGGGGCCCUGCCUGUGGGCACGCUCAUCUGCAACUUGGAGAGCCACCCUGGGAAGGGAGCGCAGUACAUCCGGGCUGCCGGGACCUGCGGAGUGUUGCUGAGGAAGGUAAACGGGACGGCCAUCGUGCAGCUGCCCUCCAAGAGACACAUGCAGGUGCUGGAGACCUGUGUGGCCACAGUGGGCCGCGUGUCCAAUGUCGACCACAACAAGCGGGUGAUCGGAAAGGCCGGCCGCAACCGCUGGCUGGGCAAGCGCCCGCACACAGGCUUAUGGCAUCGCAAGGGCGGCUGGGCUGGCCGUAAGAUCAAGCCGCUUCCACCCAUGAAGAGCUACGUCAACUUGCCCCGCAUCACAACACAGUAGUGAGGCCAGGGCCAAUAAAACGUUCUGCACACCA